UGAACUAACUUCUGAAAACCAAAGACAAGGUAUAUUUAAUACUUGUAUCAGGAAUAGAAAUAGGAUUGUGGAAUCGUCCGUCACUGAUGAUAAUCAUGAAAAAUGUGGAAAGAUAAACGACCUUAGUGAAAAGAAGAUACUAGGUACUGCAAAACAACCAUUGGGGAAUCAGAACAAACUGCAGUUAGGUAGACCUGGUAAUUAUGCCAGCCCAAAUAAUGUGUCUUACUCACCUCUACAUGCUGGAGCUCAAAAGGUGUUGUCGCAGCCAAAGUAUAAAGAAGACAGCGGCGAUAAUAAUCAAAAUGAAGGAAUGCAGUCAAAAUACUAUAACGUUAUGUGGGGAAAACGAUCAAAUAAGAAACAUAAAAAAUGGGAAGGCGAUGCUAUAUUAAUCACUAAAGAAAGAAGUGUGAAAUUAUUGGACAUGGAAGGCAAGGAGAUUGGUCGCAGUGCUGGAUAUAAAUUAUCAGACUUGGAAGAUUUAAAAGAAGGACAGACGCUGAAUGUUGGUGGUAAAGAAAUUGAGGUGAUGAACUCAAUCUCUGAGGAGGAUUGGAGUACUGGUCAGUGCUUUUCAACCAGUGGUCAACAGAAUGAAAGUAUUGUGGAUGCAAAUAAACCACAUUUUAGUAAACCUUUCAGAAAUCCUCAACAAGGUGCAGACAGUAUACAGAAACCUAAACCUGUUACAGUAACCCCAAAGUUUGACCCUAUGUCACCCGGUGCAUUGGUUAUGCCAAGACCAAGUCCCACUCAUCAGUGGCAAUAUAAUCAGCACAAUUUACCAAUCAUUGAUGUCGUCGUCGACCCACAUCUGUCUACACAUCUCAGACCACAUCAAAGAGCUGGCGUAUUGUUUAUGUAUGAGUGCAUUAUGGGGAUGAAGCCAUCUAUGGGACAAGGUGCUAUAUUGGCAGAUGCAAUGGGUCUUGGAAAAACGCUACAAAGUAUAACACUGAUCUGGACAUUGUUAAAACAAGGACCAUAUGGAGGUAAACCAGUUGUAAAGAGAGUACUCAUUGUAACACCAAGCAGUUUAGUAAAGAACUGGAGCCAAGAAUUCAGAAAAUGGUUAGGAAAGGAAAGGAUUAUGGUGUAUUCUGCUGGAUCCGAUAAACCUGCUAAGGAUUUUGGCCAGUCUACAAUCUACCCAGUGAUGAUAAUAAGUUAUGAAUUGUUGAUGAAAUCUAUUAAAGUUAUACAGAAUGUCCAGUUUGAUAUAAUGAUCUGUGAUGAGGGGCAUAGACUGAAAAAUAGUAAUAUCAAAACAACCUCAAUGAUUUCAAACCUUGAUGUAAAACGUAGAAUUGUAUUAACAGGCACGCCAAUACAGAACGAUUUGCAGGAAUUCUUUUCAAUUGUAGAGUUUUGUAAUCCUGGCGCACUAGGUACCAGUAGUGGAUUUAAGAGAGUCUAUGAAGACCCUAUAGUGAAAGGUCAUCAACCUAAUGCCAGUCAAGACGAGCUGUUGUUAGGGGAAACCAGAGCUAAUGAGCUUGCCCGACUCACGGCUAGUUUUACGCUAAGAAGAACACAGGAAGUGAAUACUAAUUACCUCCCGCCCAAAGUUGAAAGUGUAGUAUUCUGUCGUCCUUCUAAACUACAACUCAAAGUCUACAAUCAGUUGAUAUCAUCCAGCAUUAUCAGAUCUGUUCUCACCUCUAGCUACAAUGGAAUGACCCAUCUACUGUGUCUGUCUGCUUUAAAGAAACUAUGUAACCAUCCAGUAUUUGUGUAUAGACAUGCCAAACUACAAGAUGAGACAUGUGUUGAUGGAGAGGAAAAUGUCCAGGAAAUCCUGUACAGGGAUGUAUGUUCUUCAUUUCCUGAAAGGUACAGAGAUGAAAGCAAUGCUGUCGAUUACACAGAUAGUGGAAAACUCAUUGUAUUAGCAGCAAUGUUGAAGUCAUUUCAUAAUGAUACCCCCCAGCAGAGAGUGGUAGUGGUAUCUAAUUACACACAGACCCUUGACUUACUUCAGCAGCUGUGUGAUAAAGAAGGUUACACUUAUGGUAGACUGGAUGGUAGCACUCCUACUGCUACAAGACAGGAUAUUGUGAAUAGAUUUACUUCUAAAUACUCAGAUCAAUUUGUGUUUUUACUGAGUUGUAAGGCUGGAGGUGUUGGUCUAAAUCUCAUUGGUGCUGCCAGACUUAUUCUCUAUGAUAUUGACUGGAACCCUGCAAAUGAUUUACAGGGUAGUAUUGAAGAGAAAAUUUAUCAGCGACAGAUAUCAAAGCAAGGACUCAGUGGAGCUGUUGUGGAUUAUAGGAAAGAUAAUAAUACCAAAUUUUCACAAGCUGAUCUUAAGGAUUUAUUCAGUUUACAUGAGAACACCGACUGUGUUACACAUGAUUUACUGGAUUGUCAGUGCAGUCAUCAAACAGAAAGUGAACCAAGUAACUCAUCACAUUCAAAGAAUGCAUCUAUGGCUGAAUUGGCUAGAUGGCAACACCAUUGCCCACCUUUUGAUGAUAGCUUACAUGAUUCACAUCUUUUAGAAGUUGCAAGACAUGAAGGUGCAGUCAGUUUUGUAUUUCAAACACAGACAAAUCAUUCCACACAGUCGACUGUGCCGAGAAAUGUCUGAAUAGCUGGAAUUACAUUUGUCAUUGAUGAAUAAACUUGCCUCUUUUAUGCUCUCCUUUUUCUAAAGUAAAGUAAAGUAUCCCCCUUAUUUAAUACUAAUCUUGUCAUGCGAGUUGAAAACCGAUAUAUGCAAAUCAGAAGAUCCUACUUAUAUUCAUGCUUGACCUUUCCAUACUGCCC